AUACAAGUCUUUGUCUAGUACAUUGUAUUCUAUGCUAACGUUACUCACUGUUACAAGUACACUGACUGUCCAGUGCAGAAUAUGCAUACAUGUACAUCAGUACAUUACGGUCAUGCACUGUCUGUCCUGAAAUCUAUGCUUUCCUCCUGGCAAUGACAAAUCCAUCGUUCUUCCUAUUCAUUUCGCUGUUUCUUGAAGCGAUGCAGUUGGCCGCACCUGCGGACCUUAGCUCUAGCUUGCUUAUCAAUGGAAUUGCGACUGCGGUCUCGAGCAACUACUAGUAGGCCGCAGAGAUUUCGCUUGGGCUGCAUGCCUCGUCUCAAAGCAGAGCACGCGCUCUGUGGAUUUCGGAGUAAUUCAUCUGCAGGAAGUUGCUUCGGUAAUGUCACUCAGCCGCCUUCCUGACGAACAGAAACAGAAGAGACCGUGUGAUUGCGCUGGCAGUUCUUGUCUCUGGGGACGCUGGCCAGUAAUAUUUGCUUGAGGGCAUCAGGCUACCAACGGAUAUCGUUGCCGCUUCGAUGCAGCUAGAGAGACACCGCUAAAAGAAUUCUUCUCUCGGACGGUUAGGCAGUCUGGUUCAUUUCAACAGAACAAACUGCACUGACUGAGCCACUGCAGUGACGGUGCGCUGGACGAAACGGAUAAUCAUGCCGGAAUGUCGUCUGUCCGUGCUUGGCCUAUGCUCGUCGGGUAUGGAGCAGGGCACAGCCGGCGUUGGAAAGUCGAGCUUGUGUUCGAGGUUUGUCAGUCCCGGCGUGGACGAUUGGAGUGUGCUUGGCAAUGAUCACUCUCACUGGAUCGACCAGGCCGACUUCCAGGAGGCGGAGAUUGGCGGCGAUCACUUCCUCUACUUUGGCUGUGGACGUCGUGACUUCUAUCUGAUGCACCACGGUGGUGGUGGAGGUGGUGGUAGCCAAGUGAAGUCCGAUGGAAAUGGCCUGUCGAUUCACGUCGUCGAGCACACGACCUUUGUGGAUUCAUUCACGGGAAAGCCGUUUGCCGGAGCCGAGUCGUAUGAGCAACGUAGCACUCGCCACUUUGUCAAGCCGAAAGAAGCAAACAAAGUUGUCUACAGCUGUCGCUCUCAUCUCGGAGAGCUGACGCGAGCAAAGAGUACACAAGGCACGUCGUUUCCGAAAGAGUACUUUAGCAAGAACGUCAGAGGCAGAGAUGGCGGCGGCGCUGGAGUGCAAGCCUAUCUGUAUGUUCUGGACCCGACGGCUACACGUGCUCAGCGCAAACACCAGUGGCAGAUGUGGGAGAAGUGCUGGGCGAACAUUCCGAAGAACAAGCGCGAGGCCUCAGUGGCAAUCAUGAUAAGCAAGUGUGACGUGUUCAGCCAGAGUGAGGACGCUCCGGAGUUGAGUAAACGCUUGAACAUCGUGGAGUUCUUCUCCGGAGAGAAAAGCCCCGGCAAGUUUCGAGACGAUCCGUCUCGCAUUGGAUUCAGAUAUGGCAAAAUCUCUAUUCCAGCAUUCUUUGUCUCGUCUGCAGAGUGUUGCGGCGUUGACAUGCCUUUCAUUUACGUUGCACAUCAUGCUCUUUCACUGCGCGGCCAGCCAAUGGGUCCGAUCCCGUGGCUGAAUGCUGUGCAAAUGAGAGCCGAGCAGAAGCGAGCCACGCUGGCUGCGGGCGAUGCGUUCAUGGCACGGCACGUGAAGCGGCACACGCAGACGUGGACCUCCUCGUCGGCCAUCUUUUCCUACACCACCAUGGACAUGUGCAGAGUGGUGAAUGGCGUGGAGGAGUGCAAGGCGUUGUUCCGCGCACGCCUCAUUGCGCUGAUAACUGCACAUGCAAAGGAGCCAGUGGUGCUGAGGGAUCCUGACUCAGACGGUCAGUAUUGCGCAGUCGAAACUACCGGGGAAAAGGAGAUUAAGAAAACAUUUCGCCAGCUGCUCACCGAGAUGAUUCAAGAACAUCCAGACUUUGAGGGGUUCUCGGGCAGGUCGAAAUCUGAGCGAGAAGAUGGGAAGGUUCUGUCUCGCAACAUCAGCAGGCUGUUGGAAGAAUCACGCAAGCACUCUGUUUACAGGGAACGGCGAUCGCCGAUGCCGGUACCAAGUGCGACGAUGGCAGAGGCAGCCAGUGAAGGGCUUCCUGUCCUGGCAAUUGAAGAGUUUUUUGGUUCUAUCCUCAACCGGCUCGGUCAAAGUGAUCUGUCUCAGCCAGAUAGCACUGAGGAGCUCCAACAGUCUGAUGAGCGCAUCAGAGAGGCGGCCUCGAUUCUCCAGUGCUCACCAGAUGUUGGCGAUGAACAUCCGACUUCGUGCAGUGGCUCAAGUGGUCCAGCGAAGGGUUUGGCUGCGGCCGGUCCGAGAAGCCACCUCUAUGUUGAUUACCCCGGAGAGGAAUCGGCUCAUAGUGCUCAGGAAUCUGAAGACUGGCAAGGUGGGAACAGUCCCGAUGCUUAUCCGUAUAAGGAAUACGUGCAUUCAGAGUCGUGGAUGGGUAAAAUGGACUGUACAGACAAGUUGUACUCUCCCCCACCGCUUCUCACGUCAUCAUCACAACCCCACACUACUGUCAGCGAUACAACGCGUCUAUCACAAACGCCAUCGGGAUAUUUAUUGCCGCUACCUGCCAAGUCACCAACUACUAGCACAAGCAUGUCAUCAUCCUGCCCAUCAUCAACCAUGUUCUUGGCCAGCACUCCUCCUGCUGCUCGCCAUGGCUCGAAUAGCUCAACAAUGCGGGAACUGGUGUGUCCACUUGCAGUUUCAAGUCCUUCCGCUCCUGGUCAAAUGCUGACACCAGACAAUACUGGGUUGCGGCUUCCAAAACACGAAAGCUGUGAUGUGAAGGACUCCACAGUGCCAGCAGACAGCGAGGAUGAUGAGGAUGAUGCUCUCGACUAUCACAAGAUUGAUGAGUACACAAGUGGAACUUUACCUCAUCCCGCCGGUCAUGAGGAGAGUUCUUUGUCAAAUCGCAAAACACAGCACUGUGUGGUGAGUGGCUUGACUGACAACGACCCAGACCGGAAUGAACGUUAUGUUAUGCAGCCAUCUCCGUAUGCACAGUUCGCCAUUGGGAAGGCGGCCAGUGAUUGUGCAGCUAGUGUGAGUGGCGCGGUCGACAAUCCGGAUGGACGCUCAGUGCCAUUGCGUCCGUAUGCACAGGCCACGCUACCGCACGUCGCACGCUCCGCACCGACCAGUUCGUCCCCCAAAUCCAGCUACCAGAAUCACACCUAUCAGUGUCAAUCAGGACAAGGACCAAAACCGUUCAGUGAGGCCAGCACGAAUAGUCUACCGAAGCGGUGGCAAGCACCGUCCCCGCGUUCAAGUGACGACCGCACCAGCGUCGCAGACAAGCCUGAAAUGGACAAGGCGAACACACUCCCGAGGACCUGCAAAGCCGAUAAGGUUGGCUCCCACGCUGCCUCUCCCGAGGUGUUGCGCCCUCGACCAAAUCCUCCCGUGCCACCUCCAAAGCCUAAGAAGCGCAUGGAGGCGGCCAUUAGCCCCCGCCUGCCAAUUCACAGCCGCCUUCCUGGUGGUUCCCGGACUCCAGUGCUCCUCCAUAGGGCACAUAGCUGAUUGAUUUACAAUAACACUGCACUAGAGCUUGACGGAUCAUGCCUACCUGCAUGCGGGCAAAAUUCCAUUACUUUUAUAUUAUCACAUUGGUGUUUCGUUCAGGCCCUGUUGCCAUGCCUGCAGUGAGCAUGUAUAAUAUGUUCCAGUGACCUUUUCACACAACCACUCAGAACUACAGAAGCAAAAAAACUGCAAUCAUAAAAUAAUAGCAUGUGCAAAGAACAGGAUUUGCUACCUCUAAGUCUGGUCUAUAACAAUAUAACCUGGUAUACUGCAACCAAGGUCACACUGUUCAUGAUGAUCUCACCAUGACCAUGAUCUCACCAUGACCAUGAUCUCACCAUGACCAUGAUCUCACCAUGACCGGCACUGUGUGCAACCCACUAGUACCCGUUGUUACAUUAUAACAUUUCCGGUAUGUACACAUACAUAUUUUCACAAUUUACCUUCACAUCUACUUCAGCACUUAUGAUUGCACGGAGUAUCAUCUGAGCAUGGUAGCGGGAGAGAGAGAGAGAGAGAGAGAGAGAGAGAGAGAGAGAGAGAGAGAGAGAGAGAGAGAGAGAGAGAGAGAGAGCGAGAGAGAGCGAGAGAGAGAGAGAGAGAGAGAGAGAGAGAGAGAGAGAGAGAGAGAGAGAGAGAGAGAGAGAGAGAGAGAGAGAGAGAGAGAGAGAGAGAGAGAGAGAGAGUACAAGAAGGUGGGAAAUCUCACAAACCACUGGAUGCAUGUGCGCCUGCUGAUACUUGUACGGUUAUGACAUAAUUAUGAGUAUGCUUGCCUUGAGCUAGUCUUUGCUAUUAUUUGAAUGAGAACUUUUUCAAAACUCGUCAA